AUGGAAGAUACAUUUCCCAAGAUGGAAAUCUUUGCACAAAAGGAAUUACCAACUUGUGUGCAAGAAAUAGUAACAACAAAAGAAUCCAAGUAUUUGGAAGAUACAAUUAUAAGAAGAGGCUCUUAUUCUUUCACUUCUUCAUCAAUAUCAUCAUCAUCAUCACAAAACUUUUUCUGGUGUGCUUCAAAUUCCACUUCAAUGAAACAAGAGGUAGCACCUUUAGGUCUAACCACUUCUAAUGUCUUUGCCUCAGAUAUUAAACAUGGUUUUGUUCCUUUAAAUCUCUUGGAAACUCUCCCGACAUUGAGCGUUAAUCCAGUGUUUGAUGAGACAACAGAAUCUAUAGAUUCUUCUGAUACACCGAAGUAUCCGAAUUUGAGUUUGUUUUUGCAGGAACCAUCCAUGCUAUACUCAUCAACAUCACAUAUCAAAAGUAAUGAAGUCAUGUCAACAAUCUCGCAUCCAACUUAUCAUGUGCCCCAAUUUGGCCUAACUCAACAUCAACAAAAGAUUGGUUAUAAUAAGAAUAUGAUGGCAAAUCUACAAUCCAAGUCUUUCAAUGAAAAUUGGUUGAGUGCCACAAAGACUCAACCUUUGAAAUAUAGUGGAAGAGGGAAGGUUUUCAAAGGGGUGAGGCAGAGACAUUGGGGGAAAUGGGUUGCUGAAAUUAGGCUACCAAGAAACAGGACUAGAGUUUGGUUAGGGACAUUUGACACAGCUGAAGAUGCUGCAAUUGCAUAUGAUACAGCAGCAUAUAUACUAAGAGGUGAAUGUGCUCAGUUGAAUUUUCCUGAUUUAAAGGAUGUGAUUCAAGCAAAUUCGUUGAAUGGAACAACUGCUUCACUUGUUGAGGCAAAACUUCAAGCAAUAUCACAACAAGGUGUUUCUUCUUCUUCUCAUAGAAAGCAAGGUAAUUCAGGAGCUAGAUCAAAUGAUAAGCUUGUUGAUGAGAUUGAAAAUAGAAAGGAUGAAAGAAUGAAGGAGUUGAAGCUUGGAGGUGACUCAAAUGAGAGAAGCAAAAGUAUGCAGAAUGAGAUAUGCGAUGUGGAAACUGUUCAGUUAAGUAGAAUGCCAUCUUUAGAUAUGGAUAUCAUUUGGAAUGAACUUCUAGUUUCUGGCUCAUGA